AUGAAUCAAGAAAUCUACGAAGAACUGCUCUUCGCAAGAACUUUGAUAACCGACACUAAAGGUGAAUCAAUAUUUCAUGUUUUGAAGGAUUACUUCAUUGAAAAAGCAAUUCCUUUAUCAAAUAUAAUAUCAGUAGCUACAGAUGGAGCACCUGCCAUGGUCGACGUUAUCGUGGAUUUAUAA